AUGAGGGGCAAGAAGACGGUAAAGCAGCCACAGCAGCCACAGCAGAGGCGUAGAUCUUCAAGGAGCAGUGUAGUUCAACAGCGCAGGGAUUCAAUGGAUAGCGCCAGUGCUAGUGCGAGUGGAGCUAGCACAUCGACACCAACAAAGCCAGUAUCACCGCAUUCAUCACCUAUUAUACAGAGAGUAUUUAAUACGACUUCAAUACCUGCUAUAGGCGCAUUACCCAUUCAAUUCGAUCAAGAAGGUGAUCCAAUUCCUUAUACAACAACAGCGAAUUCUGCAACUGCAGGCAAAUCUACAAUCCCAAUACCACCAUCCCAGCCAUUGGACUUGAAUAGAGUUAGAUUAGAAGCUCCACAUGAGCCUAGUAGAACUAAGCACAGAAUGUUCAAUUUGCCUCAUUGUCCUGUCUUCUAUCCAACUGAACAGGAAUGGAAUCUUAACCCUUUUGAAUACUUGGAAUCCUUAUCCGAUAAUCAUAAGGCUUAUGAUUACGGUAUUUGUAAGAUUGUACCACCACCCAACUGGAGACCUGAAUUCAGCUUGGAUUCCAGUAGAUUUAGGUUUAGAAGCAGAUCUCAGAAGCUAGACACUGUCACUGCUUCUGCUAGAGUCAAGCAUAAUUACUCAAAGCAAUUGUUUCGCUUCCAUGACCAGAAUGGCUCAAAUUUAUCACCUAAUCCACACGUAGAUCAUCGCCCAAUUGACCUUUAUAAGCUCAAAGUUGAUGUUGCUAGUUUGGGUGGUUUCGAUAUGGUUGAAAUCUCUAACCAAUGGUCACUCAUCGCUAAAGAACACGGAUUAAAAAAAGUCAAACCUUUCGUUCAACCUUUUAGACAAGCUUACAUUGAUUACAUUAAGCCUUACGAGACUUUUAUCUCAACUUUCAAGGCUAAAUCUGACAAGGAUCGUCAAGGCGAAAUUGAUAUGAGUUUUGAUGACAUGGACAACAUCAAAUAUAGGCUCAAUGGCGAAAACAGCUAUGAUGAAAUCAACAAGUCCGAGAUCAACAACGGCGGCGAUCAAAUAUUGCAAAAUGUCGACCUCGAACAGGGCUCGGCGCUCCCGAAAAGACUUGUUAUGGAUCAAUCCCCACAAACUCCAAUGAUUGCGUCUCCUUCACCCAACAAAUCAAGCAUCAACUCCAAAUAUCACCCUUGCUCAAAUUGUCAGCGCAAAGACAACGACGUAAAACUCCUCGAGUGCCAUGAAUGCGAGAAAUUUUUCCAUCUCAGUUGUCUCAUCUACCCACUUAAGAUGAAACCUGCAGUUAGUGAAUGGUUCUGCGAUGGUUGUCUUUAUGGUAGUGGUGAAUACGGUUUCGACGAAGGUGAAGACCACUGCCUCGCCAGUUUCCAAGCACGUGAUGAAGAAUUCAGAAAGUUUUGGUUCGAGACACACCCACCACUGAUGAAGGGCCGUGUCGCACCUAAUGGUAUUGAGCAGCGCCUUGGCAAUCGCAUAGUCUCCGAAGACGACGUUGAGAAAGAGUUCUGGAGGCUCGUUGACUGUCCUGAAGAAACAGUACAGACUGAGUAUGGAGCUGAUAUUCACACUACGGAAACAGGCAGUGCUUUUCCUACUCUCAAGACCAACCCCACAAGUAAAUACGCCACUAGUGGAUGGAAUCUAGAAAACAUGCCAGGAUAUGAAGGCUCAAUUUUGAGUUACAUUAAGAGCGAUGUUAGUGGAAUGACCGUGCCUUGGAUUUACGUUGGCAUGAUGUUUUCUACUUUCUGCUGGCACAAUGAGGACCACUAUACUUACUCUGUCAACUACAUGCACUGGGGUGAAACCAAGACGUGGUACGGCGUGCCUGGAAAGGAUCAUGAGGCUUUCGAAGAAGCUAUGAGGAAUUCUGCACCUGAUCUUUUUAAACAGCAACCAGACCUUCUCCUUCAGUUAGUCACUCUUGGUAACCCCGGUCAACUUAAGGAGGCUGGUGUACCUAUGUAUGUAUGCGACCAACGUCCAAAUGAGUUUGUUAUUACGUUCCCGCGAGCUUUCCACUGUGGCUUUAACCAUGGGCUGAAUUUCAACGAGGCUGUUAAUUUCGCACUCCCUGAUUGGAUUCCUGAAGGAAAAGCAUGUGUGGAGAAAUACAGAUCUCUCAAGCGCAAUCCCAUUUUCUCGCACGAUGAGCUGCUCAUUACUAUACUCAAUAAAGGAUUCGAGGACUCGACUUGGAUAUAUCUCAAGGAUGCCGUACUUGAUAUGCUCAACGACGAGGUUGAAAGUAGGAGGCGGUUUGCAACAAUUGGAGGGAGUGUGGAGGCAGUCGAAAGAUAUGUCAAUGAGGAUGAUUACCAAUGCUGCAACUGUCGCGCUUAUACGUAUCUCUCACAGCUAUUCGAUAAAGAAACCAAGAAGAUAUAUUGUCACAAACAUUUUGACACUUUCGUCGAGAAUACCCAGCCAGAUAAUAGACUGAUGAGAGUCAGAUACAGUGACGAGGAAUUGGAUAGCUUUGCAAAGAUUGUGACCGAUCACAAGCAGCAGAAUCCGGAAUGGAUUAAUAGCACUAAAGAGCUAUUGGGCAGUGAAAUGAAGCAUAAACUACAAGACCUCAAGAAUCAUCUUAAAGGAGCAGUUGGAGUUCCGCAGCGUUCACCAGAGUACGCUCAAUUAAAAAGCCUUAUACGUGAAGCUGAAUUGUGGAUCUUCCAAGCAAACAACUUCUGGCUAAUGAGACAGAAUGAGCCUUUUGAUAUGAGGGACACAUUCGACGGUAACACUAGCAAAUUUAACAAGUACGAAACGUUAACAGCUUUGGUGUACUCGCCACUCAGACAGAGAAUCGACGUUGAUACGUAUUUUCAACAUUUAUACUCUUUAGAGAAGAUCAAAGAGGAGCUUGACUGGGUGAUUGAGACGUGUGGAAAAUACUCUCGCACUACCGUCAUUGAUGCACACAAUAAACCAGAAUUCGAAAGGGUGUUGCAGGUACUAGAAUGGGCCAAUGUGAGGGGUAUGAGUCAAUGUCAACAGAUGUAUUAUAUCAAGAGAACACUCGAAUGGUUCGACGCGGUAGCUGACUUGAGUGCUGUAAAGUAUGCACAACAAGUAGACGCCCUUCUUCAGGAAUCUGUAAUGCUGCAGCUCGAUUUUCACCCUCAGGUCGAUCUGCUCAAGGUGCUGAAAGCAUCAGGUUUCACAUGGCGCUCAAAGGCCCUCAAAUUGUGCUCUCACGUCGCCAUCUCUCCAGAGGAAGUCCAGAAGUUGCUCAAUGAAAACGAGAUUAAAGACGAAAAUCUGGAAGCAGAUUUCGAGCGGAUGAUGGUGUUUAAUGGUCAUGUGCGUAACGCUCUCGAUCAUAAUGUCGACAGCCUUAGCCAUGAUGGAGCCUUCUUGGAAAAUGCCAAGACGGAGCUCGAAUUCGUUAAGAAAUAUCGUUUCAAAGUGAAGAACUACAAGAAUUUCGACAUGCUGAUGAAGCUCUAUGAGACGUUUAUACGGAAAUUGAGCAACGCACUGCGCAUCGAUCUCGUUGGUUUUGACGAGCUGAAGUUGGAGAAGCAGGCACAGUUCGAGAUAGAGAAGUUACAUAAACGACUACUCGAGCGCACUAACACUGCAGAUGGCACCGAACGCAUGUGUGUGUGUAGAGCAGAGAAGACCAACGUAAACGAAAGUGAUGAUAAUGUGAUGGAUUGUAAUACCUGCGGUGUGGCUUUCCACAAGGCUUGUCUGCCAGAUGGGCACUUAGCAGCACAGACAAAUGACACAUUCGAUUGUCUGGUUUGCAAACCGGUUGUCAAAACAAUUGACCAGGACGACCUUCCUAAUUACAAGCAACUCGCAUCGAUCAGAAAGAACAGCAUCGAUGGCUACUACGACAAAGUCAGAGUACGUACCGUACCUGUGAAGUGUUUAGUCGAUAUUUAUGAAAGGUGUGAGGGCGACGGUUAUAUAAAGAUGCUAGGGGAAGCUUCUGCCUCGGAAGAUAUUGGAGUCUUGCGCAAUACCGCUCUUACGCUUUUAGGACUCGGUGUCACAUUCGAAGGCUUCGACCCAGCUGUGUUGAUAGACAAGAUCCACACUCUCAGCGCGGGUAAGAAGAGGAAGUCAGAGGUGAAUGCAAAUGGCUUUGAUGACCCAUGGGCAAGGACGCAAGGACGCACGCGCAGACCCAAGUUUCUCUUCCAUCAAGAUCCACCAACGGUGAACGAAGCGGAUGACAAAGGCAUAGUGAAGCAUUGUAUAUGCCAGAAAUUCAAGGACAAAGUACAAAAUCAGAUUAGUACAAUGAUUUUGGGAUGCGAUAGAUGUAAGAAUUGGUUCCACGUUGAGUGUAUGGGCGGCGCCCAUCAGCUGGAGAGGCUCUCUGGUCAGAAAUUCAAUUGUCCGUGCUGCUCGCUCAAGUUUGGUAGAUCGUUCCAGUUUAUUCCAGUGUUAGUACAGGAUCAGGUCGACAUUGGUAGCAGCAUAUACGUCGAUAUUGGCCAGACUGUGAAAGCAUUAAACCAUCUAGUCAAGUUCGAGGCUGCGCCAAAAUUGGUGGAUGAAACCGUUAUCGUGUUGCAUCUGCAUAAGUUUAUUAUAGGUGCAAUUGAGCUGCCUACUCAGAGCAACGUUUCAAACAAGAGCGCUAUGAGCACGCCGGAUUCUACCGUGGACGGUGUUAAGAGGAGAAAAAUCAAGGAAGAGCCUGAUCAGCAGGAACAGCAGGAACAACAGGAGCAGCAGGAAGAGCUAGAACAAGAAGAAGAAGAAAAUCAGGAACAACAAGAGCAGCAACAGGAACAGCAAUCAGCAGCACGUACAACACGCAUCGGUAAAAUCACAGGAUGGCACCCUGCUGGUGAUAACAGCGAUAUGGGAAGCGUAGAUAUAGAAAUCUCAGUAUAA